AUGAGUUCGGGGACCAGGCGAUUCAGCGCAUGCUUUGUGACGAAGGAGUCGCGUUCCGACCUGCCCCCGCAGCGCCGCAAACAUCAGAAAGCUCGACGGCGAGCGUAUCCGCGCAGGCGUCGCUGCUGCCAUCUCGCGGGGCCCCGAGCAAAUACGCCGAGGCGCGCUCUACUGGCAGUCGGCCGUACUCCCAAGCGCGCCCUUCGCUCCGCGCCCCUCGACCCCACCCACUCUCUCGCCACCGCCCACGAUCUUCCGACGCCCCCUCCCGCAAUCCCCGCAACAAAUGUGUUCCUGGUACAACCUGGAAAUUGGAUUGCAACACGUGUCACUGCACUGAUUCUGGAAUUUCCAUCUGUACUGCCUUAGGUUGCUUGGAUAAUAUGCCUAAACUCACAUAACUUGUAUAAAAUAAAUUGCACAGAAUUUUCCUGUCAGAACGUAUCUUGGACCUCACAUUUUCUUUCAUACUAUAUGUAAUAUUCAGAAUUAACAGUAUGAAAUACAAGUAAAUAAGUUACAGGAAUGUUAAGUUAUUAAUGAAUUCACAAUUAACACUAACAAUUGGUUUGUAACAAUUUUCUUACAAUACGGAGCGCAGUGAUGAAUGUAUGUGCAAUAAAAUCUCACCAGAUGUGGAAAUUAUA